AUGCUGGCUCGACAAGCACGUAUGCUGAUCCGUCCAAUGUUCAACACUCUUAGAUGUUUUGCAUCUCUUUCUAACAAGCGCCUCGCCAAGGCACUUGAAAAAGAAGUUGAAUACGAGCAAGAACAAUAUAAGAUUGAUGAUAGCGUCGGACCUUUCCUCUCACAGAGUGGAUUCGAGCUAGCAGAUGUUGAAAAUGAUACCCAGAUAAUCUUAAAGAAGAGAACUGAUGAUGCCGAAGUAGAAGUCACAUUCAAUGCAAGAGCUCCUCAGGAGGAACCUGAGCCUCAAGAAGGCCAAGAAGGACAAGAAGAGCAAGAAGGCCAUCCAGGGACCUAUGUUGAUUUCCAAGUCAUGGUCAAAAAGGUUGAUACUGAUAGAGGCCUCAUCUUCGAGUGCAGCUCUAUUGACUCAGAGAUCAGCGUAAACAAUGUAGUUUAUAGUGAAGACUUAAAGAACACUGACAGAGAGUCAUCAUUUAUCAGCAGAGGAAUCUACAGAGGCCCUGACUUCACAACACUUGAUGAAAAAGUACAAAAUUCAUUUGUUGACUAUCUUAAGAGCUUCGGUAUUAACGACGACAUGGCGAUCUUUAUUGAAACCUACUCAUUGGAUAAGGAGCAUAGAUUAUAUAUGGAGUGGCUGAGAAGAGUUAAGGGCUUCGUAAGCUAA